AAAAAUGUCAAAAAAAGAACAAAAAGAAAUUGAUGAAGCAACGCGAAGAAAAAAUAUAGAAAUUCACUUAAAUGAGUUGGAAAAAGAUAAUUAUCAAGAAAUACCAGAACUUGAAAUUGUAACAGGAACAAUUUCAAAACCGCGUCGUGUUUCUGAUUUAGCUGAUACGAGUCAACAUAGAAAAUCGAAACGAACUAAAAGUCAGCAUAUAAAAUCAAUAUCAAAAAGAAGCUUUAAAGCUUUAUUAGAUGAAUCGAGAAUUGUAGAGAAACCACCAGACGUCCCAACAUAUUUAACAGCGGCGGCUAAACCAUCUAGAUAUCCUCCAAGAAAAUUUUGUUCAGUGUGUGGAUUUAUCUCAGCUUAUGCUUGUAAAAAAUGUGGAAUGAAAUAUUGUAGCUUAAAAUGCAAGGAAACUCAUGAAGAAACAAGGUGUAUGAAAUAUACCGUCUAAAUUAUUACACACCUUAACAUUUUAGAUAUACCGUAUUUAUUAUACAAAUAAAGCCAAAAUAAUAUAAUAAUAUAAUAAAAAAAAAGUUCGCAAUUUCUAUCUAUUUCUUUUUUUUUCA